AUGGCCGCAACUGGAGAACUUCCCCUCGCGAUACACGUCCCUUCACCUGCCCCUAAUUUCAACUCUUGUUAUGAUACCAGUGACAUGGACGCCUACAUCAACUUCGAGCCUGUAUACCCUUCUCCCUCGCUGUCGCCCCCUACUGAAACCAAGCCCGUCAACCCGCAGCCUCUCUCGCAUCCAUACCAGCAUUCGAGCAAUUUAUCUCAGUCUCCCGCUUCAACUAACGCCUCGUUUGCCUCGAACACCCAAUUCCCUCAACAGGCAUCGUUCAACGCGCCGAGUCAUCAAUACGCUUCCUACCAACAGCAGACGGGCUUACCAAUGGGCGCUCUGGCCAACACUGUCGCUCUCAAUCCGGCACUGAACAUGAAUAUGGGAUUUCCUGACCCUUCGCUUCGCCCUGCGGAUGGCUUUGGCCUAGUUAGCCGACCAGGAGACUAUCUCUCUGGAAACCAAAACCCAGUGAUGUCCUUCCCUUCUGAUCCCGUGGAUAUGGAUAUGGAGUCGGAUCCCACUGGCUUGUCUCAUACAGACAUGCUCUCCUCUCAGCCCUCGAAGGCCCAGUUUGUCGACCCCAUUACUCUUGGUAGCCAAGAGCCGGCACCAGUAGCCUCUACUAGCCAAGUAGGACGAGUUUAUCCCGGCAUUCAUCAACAGGCUGCAAGAGCCAGAGCUGCUCAGCAACAACGACAACAGGAGCUGAUAAGACGCCAACAGCAGCAACAUCAAAUUGCGCAAAACCAAGCACCCAAUCAUUCUCGCCUACCUAGUCGCUCGCAUCAACCCAAAGUGAAUCGUCCGGUUGAUCCAGUUGUUGAAGAGCGCAUCUCUCGGCUCCUGCAACAAAUGAGACAGAGCAGUGUUGCUGCCCGUGAGGAUCAGCCAACAGUUUCAAACUCUCUACCGCAGCCACCAAGGCAGAAAAAGGACGAGCAAGACAUGGAUGAGGAUGAGCGACUUCUUGCCAGUGAGGAAGGCAAAAAACUAAGUAGCAAGGAACGACGUCAACUACGCAACAAGGUCUCUGCCCGCGCAUUCAGAUCUAGAAGAAAAGAGUAUAUUGGCCAACUAGAAGGCGAGCUUACUGCUAAAACAAAUGAAGCAACUGACCUUCGAUUACAAAACCGAGCUCUCAUGGAGGAAAAUGCUCGUCUAACAGAUCUUACUCGCAUGCUUCUCUCGUCCCCUCAAUUCGCCUCGUUUUUGAAUGAUGUUAGCAGAAACGGACUCCCAUCGCUACUGCAAAAACAACCAUCUUCGCAGCCAAACCAAUCGUCAACUGAUCCUUUGAAUGAUGCGAAAUCCGUGCAUCAUUCCCAAGACGGCCAGACUCAGAACCCCCAAACCACGUUACCCACCGUCACUGAGGAUCAAUUUGAUUUCACUUCAUUGGAGUCUGGAUGGAAUUCUGGAAUUGAUGUCAACUAUGCCAACCCCACUGUCCUUGCUGUCCUCGAAGUCCCCGAGUGCCCCAGUGUCGAUGCUACUGUUCUGUCAGGAAAAGGUUCGAUAGUAGCCACAAGUUUCUCAAAGGAAGAAAUGAAAGAUUUGGCCCCUCAUUUCUCACACCUUGAGAUUGACAACCACAACUCUGGAAGUCAGGAGGAACAUGCUUCUUGCGCUGUCCAUGUGGACGAUAACAAUCCUUCGUUUGCACUCUACCGUGACCAACCCAACAGCGAGUCGGGUUCCGAAACAUUGGAAGGUCUGUCGAGGGAGCCUGAACAAGAGAAACGGUCCGCUCACUUUGACCUUGUUGUCGACUCUGAUAUUUCGGAAUUAGGACUUUCGGAUCUACAAAAUAAGCGCCGGUUCGAGCGAUUUCGAUCGAACUUGGAGGGCGCGUUCCAACGCCUAUAUCGUGCCACUUUGCACCUGGAAUAA